CGAGCGCAAGAAGAGGAUGCGAGAGCUAGGGGCCGAAUGGAAAGACCGCCCAGAUGAUCUGAUUCAGUGGAUCCUCGAGUCCGCCGGAGACGGAGAGGCCAGUUCGGAGGAAGAAUUGAUUGCUAGGCUGCUGUUUUUGAACUUUGCUUCCAUACAUACUACUACUGCUGUAAGAUAUGAUACCUCCUCCCUCCCCUUCGGACAAAUAUUACGACAGGAGGGGGAAGCUGAUCAGAGUAUGGGUGGGGAUAAAGGCAGUAGUCCACGCCCUCUACGACCUCGCUGCAAACCCUGAACUUCAAGCACCCCUUCUUGCUGAAGUCACGGAAAUCCUAAGCAAAAGCGGCAUGUCCAAGCAAUCGCUCACAAAGAUGAAGAAAUUAGACAGCGUAAUCCGUGAGAGCCAACGGCUAAACACCACAUCAACAAGUUCUCUCUCCUUUCCCCUUCUGCCCUCACAAACAAUCACUCGCUAAUAAUCCCGGCACCUAGUAUCAAUGAUGCGCAAGGCCCUGGUCCCCUACACCUUCUCCGAUGGCACCCACCUACCAAUUGGGACCUGGGUGGUAGCGCCCGCAGCCGCAAUCCAUCAAUCAGCCUCCAUCCCAAACCCCACUGUCUUCGACGGCUUCCGUUGGGAGCGUAUGGGGGCGGAAGACGAGGCCUCCGGCAAAGCGGGCAAGCAUGCUGCGGUCGCCACAUCCUUCGAAAAUCUGAUCUUCGGGCACGGAAAGCAUGCAUGCCCCGGACGCUUCUUUGCUAUGCAGGAGUUGAAGAUUUUGUUGAGUCAUGUGGUUGAGCGUUUUGAGCUUCGUUUAGGAGGGGCAGGGGGCAGGCCGAGGAAUAGAUUUUUAGGCGUUUCUUGUUUAGCGGACCGGGAGGGCGUGGUGGAGUUUAGGAUGAGGUAG